AUGAAGCUCUACUUUCUCGUCGUAUCGGCAUACCUAAGCGUUUCCGCUCUUGCUUCGCCGAUUCGAAUACCGCCGGACCUUGUGAGAAGGAACAACAUUAAAGAGAGGGGUGGCAUUCCUGGGUGGGAUUGGCUUCGAGGUCUCAUGGAGGGUUCGAAAACUGGCUCAAUUGUUGAAAAUGGCAUCAAAGAAAACAAUGGUUGCCAGCCAUUGACCUUGAUAUAUGCCCGCGGGACGGGUGAAAUUGGUAAUAUGGGUGAGAUAAUAGGGCCACCUCUGGCAGGCGCGCUGAGAACGCGUAUGAACGGAAAAGUCACCAUCCAAGGCGUCAAUUACCCUGCGUCUGACCUAGGCAAUUUAAACUUUGGUGAAGACGGUGGACCAACUAUGGUCAAUCUCGUGCGCCAGUCAUUAUCGCAAUGCCCCGGAAGUAGGGUGGUCCUUGCGGGGUAUUCCCAGGGAGCCUCAGUGGUACACAAUGCCUCUGGCGACCUCAAGGCUGGCCAGGUAGCAAGAGCGGUACUAUUUGGAGACCCACUCCAAAGCAUACCCCUUCGAUCCAUCAUCGAAAAGGACGUGAUGUCGAUAUGUGCAAGAGGAGAUCCUAUCUGUCGAGGCGGUUUGGAUAUUCCGGCUCACUUGUCAUACACAGAGAACGCGAAUAAAGCUGCUGCAUUUCUUGCAGGAGCAGUGAACUGGAAAUAA